AUGGGGAUCCAAUCAGAUAUAAGGGAUCACCUCCUCUCCCAGCCUGCGUCAUUCAGGAAGAAGAAGGAGUACCAGAUCGAAGAACUUCUUGGGCGGGGAGGAUUCGGGAAGGUCUUACGGGCAGGGUGGACACCUCCGGGCGGAGAGAAGCGGGAUGUCGCGUUGAAAAUCAUCAAUAAGCGCCUUGUCAAGGAUAAUGAUCAAGUCAUGGACGAGAUCCGUGUCUUGGAAGGGCUGGACCACCCACAUAUCGUGCACGUAUGGGACCACUUUGAGUCGAGAGAUAAAUACUAUAUCGCAUUCGAACUGGCUGUCGGUGGAGAGCUGUUUGAUCGGAUAUCAUCCCGAGGCAGAUUCACAGAAAAGGACGCGAUGGACUGUAUACGCCAAGUCCUCUCCGCGACUGCCUACCUACACCAACACCGUAUAGUCCACCGUGAUCUCAAACCCGAAAACAUCAUCUACAAGACCAAAGACCCUUCUUCUCCGCUCGUAGUGGCCGAUUUUGGUAUCGCCAAGCAUCUCUCAGACGAAGGGGAGGAAGGGGAGGAGAUUUUCAAUGCGGCCGGGAGCUUUGGGUAUGCUGCUCCUGAGGUGUUAUUGGGGAGGGGCCAUGGGAUGAAGGUGGAUUGUUGGAGUAUCGGAGUUAUUGCGUAUACUCUGCUCUGCGGAUACUCGCCAUUCCGCUCAGAUGACAAAGGGGAGCUCAUCAAGGAGACCACGAAGGGGAAAAUUCAGUUUCACGAGCGGUAUUGGAAGAAAGUCAGCGAGACUGCGAGGGACUUUAUCAAGGCGAUGCUCCAGGUUGAUCCGAAGAAGCGCCUCACAGCGGAAGAAGCUCUUCAACAUCCAUGGCUGAGAGACUGCGUGGGCUCAGAACACGACUUGGCACCCGGCAUCAAAGAGCACUUCAAUGCCAAGAAGCGAUGGAACAAGGCUUUCGUCGCCAUUUCAGCAGCCAAUCGUCUUCGCUCCGCAUCAAAUUCAGCCUCCAACACCCCCGUUCUUUCUUCGAUGCCCACACCAACACAAUCACCCUCCAUCUCCCCGUCCACUUCAACAGGUACCGCAGCGCACCCGGCCACGCCUUCCACCGCUGCAGCUUACCUCGGCGUACCACAUACGCCGCCCUCCGCCGGUGCUAAUGGCGGAAAUGGAGCGCUCACGCCGCUGAGUAUGUCGGAAGAUGAGGAUGCGACGGAUGGGUUUGUGACUGCCGAUGAGGCACAUACGGGGCGGAACAGCGAGGUGGCGCUGUCGCCGAAGAAGAGCGGAGGUGGGUCUCCUAUCAAGGCGGUGAAGAGCGAUGAGAAGAGGGUCGAGGCGAAGGGGAGCCCAGUGUCUGAGGAGAAGCCGGUGAAUGGGUCCGGUGGGCUGAAGGGGAUGAUGGGGCGUCUUGGACUUGGCCGAGGGUCCAUCUGA